GCCACAACAAGUAAAGAGCGAGCAAAGCCAAGUUGCCAACUAGCCAACUAACCAAACAUUCCAAGCAUCAGCAGCAUCAGCAGCAGCUAAACAAAUUACAAAACAAGCAGCCAACUAGUCGAAUACUUAACGUCAACAGCCAUGAAGCGGACUUGCCUGUUGCUGUGCCUGAGCCUGCUGACCUGCAAUGUGGCCAACGCCUCCUUCCUGCGACCCCUCGAAUUGAGCCAAUUGGCCAAGUCCUCGCAACUUCAACGUAGCAACAAUGGCAACAACGAGCAGCAAUUGCGCGCCGAACUGAACAACGAUGAUGCCAACUUGGAUGAGGCCACAACCAUCUUGCCCAACUCGAGCGAGGAUUACGAUAGCCGGCCACAGUACACAUUUGCCUACGAUGUGCGUGACUCGCUGACCGGUGACGAUAAGCGACAGGAGGAGAAACGUGAUGGCGAUUUGGUCAAGGGACAAUAUUCGCUCAUUGAACCCGAUGGCACGCGCCGCAUUGUCGACUACACGGCUGAUGAUGCCAGCGGCUUCAAUGCCAUUGUCUCCAAGCAGCGUCUCGAUGAACGUCUUGCCUCCUCUUCUGCCUCCGCCUCCUCCUCGUCUUCGUCUUCAUCGGCUUCCUCGUCAGCAACUUCUUCAUCAUCGCGCUACAACAGCAUUGAGGAACUGCAAUCCCGUUUGACCGCCCAAGCCAUGGCCGAAGCUCAAGCCAUUGCCGAUGCCCAGCAACAAUCGCAGCUGCAACUGGAGGCCCAAACUCGUCGCGAGUCCGAGAACCAGGCACGCCUGCAGGCCCAGCAACUGAUGGAGCAGUUCCAGCAGCAGGUGCAGCAAACCGCACAACUGCGUCAACAGCAGGAGCAACAGCGUCAACAGCAGGAGCAGCAACUGCGUGAACUCCAGCGUCUGCAGGAGCAACGCGAGCGUGAGCAGCGCGAACGUGAACAGCGUGAACGUGAUCAGGAACAGCGUCGUCAGCAGCAGCAGAGGGAACAGGAGCAGCGUCAGCGUCAGAGCCAGAGCCAAGGACAGCGUCUGUUGGAGCGUCUGAACGAGCAACAAACGCUGCUGCUGCCCAAUGCCGCCCAGCUGAUUGGCCAGAGCGUGCAGGCCAGCGUUGUCUCGCAUCCACCCACCUUGAUCUCUCGCCUGCCCGCUGCCAGCACAACUACCUCACUCUUGAGCCGCGAACGCGAUUUGGAUGCCUGGCGUCAACUGCCCAGCGCUCGUCUCUCCAUCGAGCGCACUGCUCAGCCCAGCUUGAUUCUUGCUCAACCCUCCAGUGCUUCGGUGCAGGCGCAGCUCAUCAGUGCUCCUCUGCUCCUGGAAUCGGGCAAUCUGAAUGGCUUGAUCUCGACGCGUCUCAAUGGCAACGCAGCUCGCGCUGGCGCCGCCAUCAGCUGGAGCCAGGGACGUCGGCUGUUGGACAAUGAGCUGUGGCAGCUGGACAGGCUGGAGGAUAACGAGAGCCGUCGCAGCGAAGAACAGCGUCGCGAUAGUGAGGAACUGCGCUCCAAGUCCAUCUCCAGCUCCAGCUCUGAGCGCAAUGGCAAUCGUCGCGCUCAAUGGUAAAAGGCCAAGAACAAAGAACAAAGCAACAACUUCAAACUGAACUCAAUACGACAAAAUGGAAUCACGAUUAUGUGUAGCAUUUAAGACACACACACUCACACACAGACACACUCAUGCACGCAGACAUUUAAACACACACACUCAGUGUAAGUGUACUAAAGUGUUGAUGUUAGAUUUAAACUGGGAUACGGGACUCUUUUACUAUUUGCUCUGCUUUCAACAAACUAACCCGCCAAGCUGCGAUUCCAAUUCUCUCCUCAAUUUUAGCUAAGUUUAAUUGUUUUUUUGUGUAACUUUUUUAUCUUAGCUAGCCAAUUGCAUUAUUAAAACUAAAAAAAAAAGAUGAACGUAUAAAAUAAAGUGAAGCCAACGUAGAACGUGUGGAAAAUGUAGA